UGGCAGGGAGGAGGGGUGGGGCUGUCGGGGAGUCAAGGGACGAGUUAAGAUUUUUUUCAUCGUCUCCUUCAGCUACGUCUCAGCGCUAUAAAAGGCACGGGUCACACGCUUUUCAGUCAAUCCGAAGCCACAAACUUAUCCUACCGCUUCAAACUCGUCGGUUUAACCCAUACAUCGCCGAAAAGGGGAAACCGUUAGCCGACCUCCUGGCACGGAGAAGGGGACGGAACUUGCACCAAAUUUCAGAAAAAGGACCAGAGGAUUCCCCACUUUGCCCGUGUGCACACACACACACACACACAGCGGCCGGCUCGACUCGCACAGGGCCCCUCUGUCGUCUGCGUGGAGAGGAACAGACUGCCAGUGACUGAGCGUGAUGGAGAUGGGCGCUGCCGUGGCCUGGCUCCUCGCCCUGGCGCUGCUGGUCCCCGCUGCCCGCCCCGGGGCUGCCUCUCUCCUGCCCGACUCCCCGGAGCUCCGCAGGCUGCUGAGCCGCUACCAGGACCAGGACCAGAACCAGAACCACACCGGCCGGGCCCGGCGGGCCAUCCUGUGGGCCGACCAGCAGGAGAUCCUCCAGCUGCACAACAAGCUGCGGGGCCUGGUGCAGCCCCCGGCCUCCAACAUGGAGCGCAUGGUGUGGGAUGAAGAUCUGGAGGCUUCGGCCGCCAGCUGGUCUCAGGAGUGCAGGUGGGAGCACGGGCCCGAGGACCUGCUCAUGUCUAUCGGGCAGAACCUGGCUGUGCACUGGGGCAGGUACCGGUCUCCGGCCUACCACGUCCAGGCCUGGUACGAUGAGGCGAAGGACUACACCUACCCCUACCCCGAGGAGUGCACCCCCUGGUGCCCUGACCACUGCAAAGGACCCAUGUGCACACACUACACGCAGCUGGUGUGGGCCACCACCACUCGGGUGGGGUGUGCGGUGCACGUCUGUCCCAAGAUGGACGUCUGGGGUGAGAUCUGGGAGAACUCGGUCUACUUGGUCUGCAACUACUCCCCCAAGGGGAACUGGAUUGGAGAAGCCCCCUACAAACAUGGCCGCCCGUGCUCUCAGUGUCCCCCCAGCUAUGGAGGAGGCUGCAGGGACAACCUGUGCUUCAAUGAAAGCCCCCUGGCUCCUCGCAGCCCCGAGACCGCAGACAUGAACGAGGUGGAGGUGCCCCCAGAACCCGUGCAGCCCCCCCCCACCACCACCAAACCCUCCCCUCCCACCAAGCCCCGGCCCAGAACUAAGAAGCCCUCUGGACCCAAAGUCAGCUCAGCCAAGCCUGCUGACCCUGCCUUCCUUGUUCAGGACAUAACGUGUGAAACCAGGAUGCGUGACGUGUGCAGAGGGGCAGCGUGCAACAGAUACCGCUGUCCUGCUAACUGCCUGUACCAGAAGGGCCGGGUGUGGGGCACUGUCUUCUAUGAUGUGCAAUCUAGCAUCUGUCGCGCUGCGAUCCACCAGGGCGUGGCGGACAGCAGCGGCGGCCUGGUGGACGUCACGCGGGAGGACGGCAAGCCCUUCUUCAUCAAGACAACCAAGAACGGGAUUGAAUCGUUCAGUAAAUACAAACCUGGGAAUGCGUUUAUCGUGGCAAGAGUGGAAGAGCGAUCAGUGGACUGCUUUGCCACUGUGGCUGAAAUUUGCCCCUUUAAGAAGCCAGGCGUCAACUGCCCAAGAGUGCUCUGCCCCGACAACUGCAAGAACCAGCCCUCCCACUGGUCUCCGGUCGUAGGCAACGUCGUCUACUCUGAUAGCUCCAGUGUCUGUCGGGCAGCGCUCCACGCCGGGGUGCUGGGGGCGGCCGGGGGCCCUGUGGACCUGCUGGCUCUGGAUAAGAAGAGCAGCUAUGUGGGCACUCUGAAGAACGGAGUCCAGUCAGAGAGUAAGAGCAAUCCUGAGGGCUGCUCGUUCCGUGUGUUUGCCGUGAGAGAGUGAGGCCCAGGGACCUUCGUGUGAGAUCCUCUCCCAACGCAGGAAUUUACAAAAUGGUGGAGCCAUGGUGACCGCUCAGAUCCAUCCCAGCAGUGAAGAACAUUCUGCACACGGCUCAUACCUCCCCAUCAUCAACCAAUGACACGGUUCCACCAAUCAGAAGAGCGGUAGACUUUCCGAGCUGUAUCUCAUCCACUAAUUAUCACACCAGGGUCAAAUACCUCAUUGUUUUCAAUUCGAAUACUUUUCUGUGCUCUAUUGAUCUUGCGUGGUCCAGUUGAGCCAAACAAAGUGGAUUUUGUACUUUUUGCGAGCGUUUCAUUGGCUCCAAUGCUCCAGACAAUCUCCAUAAACCAUAGAAAAGUAUGUGAAUCUAAAACGAUUACAUAUUUGUCCCAGGUCUGCUAAUCAUCAAUAAUUCUGCAAUUUAGGGCGACCCGAUAGUUUUACUUCUCCUGUAUAAACUCUGUCAUUACUGUUUGUGUUCAAGAGUUAGAAUGCUAAAUUCUAUAUAUUAUAAAUGACGUAUGUAACAGCAGUGCUGAUUAUAUCCGUCUUGAAAUGAAAUCUUUUUUCUUGAUGAUGUCUUUAAUACCCAGAAAUGCACUGUAUGUGGAUCGCACUUGUGCUUAAUCAUUUUGUACAUAUUUCAUUUGGCUGAUGCCAAUGCCCUUAAUAUAGCAAUAUUUCAGCUUUGGUUUUGAUUUUUGCUUUUAUUCUUAUUUAAUGGCAGACAGGUGGUGGUCUUUUAAAAGCAGCGUGUGUACAGUGGGCACGCGUGUUUGUUCAGAGUCAGGUCACUCCUCUCGGCUGACUCAAAGUGCACUCUCAGAAAUAAGGAUACAGUGGAGGUACAUUUCUGUUCUUUAAGGAGCACACAUCCCAAAUGUCCCCAGAAGGUACCAUAAUUUACUAUUUAGGAACUAAUGAGCACCCUUUACAAGCAAAAAACAUGCUCAGCAGUUGUACCCAGUGCUGAGCAGUUGUACCUUGUCAGGCAAUUUGUGUGCCUUUCUUUCUGAGAGUGUAGCUCAUCCACAGAUAGUCCUCGUGUGACCUCAUCAUUCACGAUCAGCAGACUACAAACCUCUGCAUUACAGAAUGUAUGUCCAUGUAUGGAUCAUUAUUUUAUACAAUAUUUCCUUCAGCCAAAUUAAAGCAUGUCCACAAUAUUAAUGUCCGUUGUCUGUCGGACAUGUGGAUAACAUUCUCCAUUUAAACCCACAAAGGGACCUUUUCACAAACUACUAUACUGAUUUUUGAUACUCAUACCUCACAUUCUGGACAAAUAAAGGAGAAUAUUGGAGUGUUUGUUACAUUCAAUCCGGCAUAAUAAUUGGAACUUCAAUUACAGUCCAAUAAUGAGGGAACACAGUCAGCACACGUACAUAAUGUGGGUCCAUUAAAUCCCUCGCACACAGCAGUUUAAUCAAAGGAGACUUAUUCCACAGGCUGAGGCAGUCACACACGGGAGGCAGUGAGUCUGAAAUGCUCUGUUCUGAACUGAGGGGAGAUGAUUUCAGUGUCUGUGGCAUCAGCCUGUCCUCCGGGGUAGGUGUUGGGUAGAGACCAGUAAACGUCCUCCUGUGCUUGUAAUGGCUGCCUCGGUCCUGUCUCUUCUGCGUGGGGAAUCUGGCUUGUUGUACAGCUGCAGAAAUGUGCAUUGAGUAAAUACUCUAAAGGUCUUCAUUAUACAUCUAUGCGUCUUAUAUAUGUCUUUUUCAUCUGUUGUAAAUGUGUCUGUUUUGAAAGUGCCUUUUAGUGAUUUGUGAUUUUUUAUCCAGCUGGCUAAGCUUUUAUGAUUAUUAAUAUUUUCUAAUGUUUGCACAGUUUGAAAAUAAAUUUAAGGUAAAUAUA